GCCGCUCGCGGCGGCUACCGCAGCAGCGCUGAGCUCCCCGCUGGGUACUUCAGUGCAGGUGGGUGCCAGGCAGCCGCUCCUUCUCAACCUCGUCCCGGCCUUACCGUCUCCUGGACGAUGGAGGCGCAGCAGGCACAAGGUCUGCUGGAAACACAGCCAUUGCACGAGACAGACGAAGAAACGGUCACUGAUAUUGAUUUCACAAGCAUGAUUUCUGAAGAAGAGAGAGAAGAAUUAAAGAUUGAGCUAGCCAAGCUAGAGGAUGAAAUUUCAACUUUACGGCAAGUGUUAGCAGCCAAAGAAAAGCACCUAGCAGAAAUCAAACAAAAGCUUGGUAUCAACCUGAUGAAUGAGCUGAAACAGAACUUUAGCAAAAGCUGGCACGACAUGCAGACGACUUCUGCUUACAAGAAAACGCACGACACUCUGAGCCAUGCAGGACAGAAGGCAACAGCAGCUAUUAGCAAUGUAGGAACAGCCAUCAGCAAGAAAUUUGGAGAUAUGAGGUCACAUUCGAUUGGUUACUCUAUUCGCCAUUCCAUAAGUAUGCCUGCUAUGAGGAAUUCUCCAACUUUCAAAUCAUUUGAGGAGAAGGUUGAGACCACUGUCAGCAGCCUGAAGACAAAGGUUGGAGGGACAAGCCACAGUGGGGGGAGUUUUGAAGAAGUUCUCAGUUCUACUGCCCACGCCAGCGCUCAGGGCUCUACCACAGGCACGCCGCUUCCUGAGAAUGAGGAGGAACUUCAGUGUUAGACUGUAGCCUCUACUGGCCACCUGUAUCUGACCUGGUGAGACUUAUCCCCAUAGUGAUUUCUAUGCUUCCUUUCCACAUCCACCUUGAGACACGUGGCUUCGUAACCUCUUGAAAAUGGCUUCACCCAUGUCAUACUGUAGUAAUUCUUCCAAAUGUAUUGGUAUUUUUACUAGGCCAUUUUAAGCAUUUUUAUACUCCAGAGAAAUGGCACACGCAUCGUCAUUUCUUAAUGUUCCAAUUUCUGUAAUGUAACCAAACAGUUCUUGCUUUAUGGUAUUUUCCCUCAAAUUCACUUCACACCUCUGGUCCAGUUGUUAAUUUGUUUUUUAUUUAAAGGACUGAAUCUGUUUUUAGUAUACAUGUUUCUACUGAUUAUGUAACCCCUCUGUGCCACAGCAGACAGAUGGGUCUAGGACUGUACAAGGAUUUCUGUUGCC